AUGGAUUGCAAUAACAUCAACGAAUUGCCGGAUUAUUUGCUAACUCAGAUACUCUCUUACCUUCCCACCAAAGAUUCAGUCAGGACAAGCGUUUUGUCUAAGAGAUGGGAACGUCUCUGGCUUAUGGUUCCUGUAAUUGACUUAAAUGUCAAUAAUUUCCCACUUAAUGGACAAGCCUUUGCUAGCUUCAUUGAUAAGCUUCUGGAGUUUAAUGCUUCAGAGAACCUAUCAAUUAACCACAAGUCAAGACUACAAAAGUUCAAGAUAAAAUAUAACGAAUUCAUUAACUAUGGUGAUCGAUUGGGGGAGUUGCUAGGGACCAUGGUUGAUCGCAAAGUUAAACAUUUAGAUGUUGAGGCUGAUAUGAUGCCAAGUAUAAGAGAUUUCAUGCCUCACGACAUUUAUAAAAGCAAGACAUUGGUGUUUUUAAAGCUUGUAAGGGUAGGGCUUGUAAAUCCAAGGUUGGUUGUUUCUCUACCUUGUCUGAAGACCAUGCAUUUGGAAAACAAUUUUUAUUGUGUGGAUGGUCCUUUGGUUGUGGAGAACCUCAUCUCAGACUGUCCUGUUCUUGAAGAUCUUACAUUUGUUAGAACUAUUGAUCGUAUCAAUGUAGAGUUUCUGGUGUUUCUUCGUGUGAGAUCUAGGAGUCUGAAAAGGUUUCGUUACACCUUUGCGAACGAUAGGGGUGGUACUGAUUUCUCUGUUGAGAUCGAUGCUCCACGGCUCGAGUUUAUGAGUUUUAAAGAUAAUCAAUCUGAUAGGAUUGUGGUAAACAAUCUGAGUUCUUUGCUCACGAUCGAUAUGGAUACUAAAUUCGAUGUAGAGAUUGGUAGCAGUCAUUUGAAACUAGGGAGCUUCAACAAGAGAAAUACUAUCCGUCAUUUUCUCACCGGUAUUUCUAGUGUAAGGCAUAUGAUCAUCUCUAAGCGUACUAUGGAGGUUCUUGAUCGUUACUUGAAACUUGCACCGCUUCCCCAGUUCGGUAACUUAUAUCGUUUGCAGGCUGCGUUCCCCAACUCAUUGUUACAUCUAUUGGUCUUUCUUGAGAACUUCCAAAAUCUUAAGAGCCUCAUCUUGGAGCUUUCCGUUUCGACGCAUCCAGUUCAGAUUAAACUGAGAUAUGUGCCUCAUUGUUUGUCGUCGACUCUUGAACGUGUUGAGAUUAAAGGAAUGAUUAUAGAGGAAGAGACUGGGAAGACACUAGCGGGGUACUUUCUUGAGAAUUCAAGAGUUCUAAAGAAACUCGUUCUGUGUUUUAGUGAUUCCCCUACAACCAAGCAGGCUACAGAUAUCUCCAAGGAGCUUCAUACAUUCGUCAAGUGUUCUCGCAAAUGUCAGAUUAUUAGUCAUUGAUUAUGUCACUGAAGAACAGUGUUUUUAUUUUAAAGUUAAGCCUAGAAUUUAUUGACAUUAAACUUGAUUACUCUAUGAAUCCCUGAGUGCGUUUGUAUAUUGAUUAAUUACUCUAGGCUUUAUGGUAUGCUUUA